CACUCCAGAUUACAGUGUUGCCAAUCGGCGCUGUUUGCUGCGCCCGCCCGCGCCGCGCUCGCCACUCCGCCCGCCCCCCGCGCUCCUUCCCACUUCCCAGCAUUGCGCGCCCGCUGAGUCCACUCCCUCCCGAGCCUUACGUCGGUUCGGUAGCCCCCCCCCACGCGCCGUCCCUCCUCCUCCCUCGCACAGGACGGAGCCGCCGUCGGGGCCUCGGCAGCUGGGCAGCAGGACGCGCCUCCUCCUCCUCCUCCUCCUCCCGCCUCGCUCGGGUCCCGGAGCCGGCGAAGCCGCGACGGCAGGAGGGCUAAAUCGGGAUUGCAGCUGUCCGGACAAAAUAUCUAAUGAUGCCUAAAAGGAAAGAGAAGGAAAUGGAAAGUGAUGCAUUAAGAAAACAUUGACUUUUUUCAGAUUCAAUGGCUGACUUAAAUGGUUGUCAAGACUCCUGACACACACAUUUUUCUGGGCAUCAUGGAUUUUCAGGAAUAUAGCCUGCAAAGCAGUCUCAAAAAGUAGCACCUGCCCUCUAAUCUUUUAUUAUCUUCACUGAUUGUAAAAAUGGCCAGCAAAAGGAAAUCCACAACGCCUUGCAUGAUACCACCAAAAACACUGGCACUGCAGGAGUCGCAACCAGACUCUGUUGGAGUUGAUCGUGAAGGAUCUCAACAGUCUGUUACUCCUGCAACUCUGCCUAUUAGUGACACUGUUGUUCACAAUAAUCACAAAAAUGGGCUGUUGUCCAAUGGACAUAGUGGUAUCUUAGAUGGUGAUACUUACAGAUGUAUGUAUUGCAAUUUUGGCUCUCGAGACAUUAAUCAGUUCCUUGGUCACCUUGAUUCUGAGCACAUAGACUUUAGCAAAGGCCCAUCCUUUGUGUGUGUGCAGUGCAGUUUCCUGGUCAAGAGUCACAAAGAACUUUCUUGCCACAACGCAGAGUGCCACAUUGGGGAAACUGGCUUAAUCUGGAAUGUCGUGAAACAAGGCAAGCAUGUGAUUGUGGAGCAAACCAUUGGAGAUGCCAGCAGCAGCCAGGACCUUCUGGGGGACCUCCCUGAGGAAGGUCAAGACAGCCAAGCUGAAAUUAUCAUUACCAAAACACCCAUUAUGAAGAUAAUGAAAACGAAACCAGAAGUGAAAAAAAUCCACACGCUGAAAGAAAACGUAUCUAGUAAACCAGUCAAGGAUCUAGAGAAAAAAGUUGGCGAGCAGCCAUUCACCAAUGGACCGGUGCCAGUGAACCAAUCAUCAACAGGAACAGUUAAACCAACACAUGUUGUCAAUGGCUCAAUAAUAGGAAAUGUACCUGUUUUGCAGGCAGGCCUCACUCAAUUUGUGCAGCUGCAGCAGCAGCAGCAACAACAGCAGCAGCAGCAACAGCAGCAGCAGCAACAACUUCACCAGCAGCUACCCACUUCAAAAUCCCUUCCCAAGGUAAUGAUUCCCCUGAGCAGUAUCCCAACAUACAAUGCAACAAUGGACUCUAAUAGCUUUCUGAAAAACUCUUUCCAUAAGUUCCCUUACCCUACCAAAGCUGAGCUUUGCUAUUUGACUGUUGUGACCAAGUACCCAGAAGAACAGCUGAAGAUUUGGUUUACUGCCCAGAGGCUGAAGCAGGGUAUCAGUUGGUCACCGGAGGAGAUAGAAGAUGCACGGAAGAAAAUGUUUAACACUGUGAUUCAGUCCAUACCCCAGUCCACCAUUACAGUGUUAAAUACACCCCUAGUUGCAAGCCCCAGUAGUGUUCAGCAUCUCAUUCAGGCCAGUUUACCUGGCCAUUCUGUUGGGAAACCCGAAGGAGCAGGUGGUGUAUUGGUUACGCAACCAAUAAUAUCAAAUGGACUUCAAGGGACAACCUCAUCUCUUGCAAUAGCAGUCACAUCCAUUCCAAAGACUCAGAUAGCAAAGCCGCCUGCCGCUGUGUCAGUUUCUAGCACUUCGUCCCCUGUGAAAGUGGUGAGUGCUGCUCCAUCACAGCUCACUGCUUGCCCAACUAUAACUUCACAGGCAUUCUUAGAUCCCAGUAUAUACAAAAAUAAGAAGUCUUAUGAGCAGCUCUCUGCAUUGAAAGACAGCUUCUGUAGGAACCAGUUUCCUGGACAUGCUGAAGUGGAGCGGCUUACAAAAAUCACAGGCCUUAGUACAAGGGAAGUUCGAAAAUGGUUUAGCGAUAGGAGGUACCAUUGCAGGAACAUCAGAGGUGGCAAAGGUAUACAUGCUGGAGAUAAUACAAUAAUAAUAGAUUCUGUGCCUGAAAUUACCUUCACCUCUUCUCCUAAAGCAACCCCAGAAUUAACUUCCACGUUGGCAGCAACACCUGCUGUUCACACCCCAGCCCGCCGGCAAUCCUGGCAUCAGACACCCGAUUUCUCUGCUACAAAAUAUAAAGAGAGGGCUCCUGAGCAGCUCAGAGCGUUGGAAAGCAGCUUUGCACAAAAUCCCUCUCCUCCAGAGGAGGAAGUGGACCGUUUGAGGAGCGAAACCAAAAUGACGAGGAGAGAGAUUGACAGCUGGUUCUCGGAGCGGAGGAAACGGCAGGUGAUCAAAGACGCAGAGCGGCAGAGGGACGAUGAUGCCGAAGACGACUCAGGGGAAGACGAGGGCUCCUCGGACGAUGUGAAAGCUUCCAGUGAAAAUGGCUCAUUGGAUGCAGCCACCAGCUCUCAAAUGCCAGGAGAGCGCAAAGUAACCCCUAUAAAAAUCAACCUUAAGAACUUUAAGGUGACUGAGUCAAAUGGCAAAAGUGAGGUGCUAGGCUUGAGUGAAGAUGUCCAAAGAGAGAACCCCCGGAAGCCCAAGCUAAGUUCUAAAAAGACUGCUCAGCAGAGACAUUUGCUCAAGCAGCUCUUUGUGCAGACCCAGCGGCCGACAAAUGAACAAUAUGACCAAAUAUGUUCUCAUACAGGACUUCCCAGGACUGAGGUGAUCCGUUGGUUUGGAGAUAGUCGCUAUGGUUUAAAAAAUGGAAAUUUGAGGUGGUAUGAGAACUACAAGCAUGGUAUCUUUCCUAAAGAUCUAUCGACCUCCAGUGAGACCAGCAGGGUGGUCCUGCAGGACUAUUUCCAAAAGAACAAGGUGCUUUGUGAAGAUGACCUCCCAGGACUGUGUGAGAGAACUCAGAUGACUACUCAACAGAUCAGGCUGUGGUUUGCCGAAAGGCUAGAUGAAGAAAACAGGGGAGUGUCAGACACAGGAAGUGAAGAUCAGUCCUCAAGUGUUGGUGAGCCAGCCGGCAGUCAAAAAGGGACAGUCGAUGCCUUUUCUGAGGUUUCUGAGAACAGUGAAUCCUGGGAGCCUGGAGGUCGAGAUGGCAGCUCUGAGCUUGGAGAUCCGGAGAGUCAUCUGCCUGCCGUUCACGUUGAAAUGGAGUGAACCAGCCCUGCCUCCUCCGAAAGAUCUGCUGCUAACUUUGUGAAGACUCAGCAGCUGUGGGCCUCAUUCUGAAUCUCUGAAGGUCCUGAGGAAACACUGCCAUAAUGCCAAGAUCAUACUUUUGUAAAGCACAUUGGGGAGUUAAGCAAGAGGGAACCGAUUACUCAAGAAGACCUUAUUUUUGUGUGUGGGAAGGGGCUCAUUUUUGUAUGUUUAGUUUUAGUCUAGCAGUCUGCUGCCUCGUCAAGCAUAGGAGCAGAACUGCCACAGUGGCAAAAAUUUCCUCUCUCUCAAAUAGAUUCUCCGUUUUUGUUUUCCAGUGGACAAUUUCUUUCAAACUUCCUAUCGGUUUUUCUUAUAAAGUGGCCUGCAAACAGGAUCAUGAAUCUGGGGCAUUGUGUUAAACGUUAUUGUUUCAUAGAACUGGACUAUCAUUGGCAUAAUACAUUCAUAAUCUUUCAGUGUUUGUUCUCUGAAGGCUGAAUCAUUGCAUAUACAGAAAGAGAGAGACAGACAUCCUUUCACCAUUGAAUCUCUAGGUAUGGAAAUAAAAGCUGCAACUGGCACCCACUCACCAGGAGCAAGUCCCAUUGAACUCUAUGGAACUUCUGAGUUGACAUAGGGUUGUGCUGCUAAUCAUGUGUGUGUGUUUUAGGGACAGCUCUGAUGAGCAGUAUUCCUAGUUUUUGUGCGCAAAACCAGGAUAAUAAGAAUAUGGCAAAUUACAGCCAUUCUAAUUGGGCAUUUGAUGCAUGCUAGUAGGGUGGAAAUCUGGGGGGGGGGGGGGGUGUCGGACGACAACGAUGACCCCGAACUCUGGCAUCUGUCAUUCAUUCAUCUUUUAGUGACAAACAAUGUGAGACUUUUCUGCAGCAGAAUCUAUUACUUGAAUUAAUCUGCAAGUAUAUGAAUCAAUGCACUUUUAAAACACAUCUUAAUCCAGAUCCCUUGUUGAAAGCAAGCAAACUUAAUUUUUUUAUUAAGAAGACUAUAGGGGGGGGCAUGAAAGCAUUUAGCAGGCAAUCAUCAUAUUUUGCAUACCCCUACCCUACCUCUGUGUUUGGACCAGAAUUGUGUUUUAUCCCAUACCUUAUUUCAGAGGGAUGAUCUGUUGGAAACUUUUGCCAUUUCUCCCAGACUUCCUAGCCAUUUAUGAGCUGCUGCUCCCCCCCCCCUUUUUUUUUUUGUCAAGCAGCUUUGCGCUAUCUUAAUUGCACAAUUAAUCUUACAUGGUUAUAGUAGGUUUGCUUCUCCCCCUACCUACCCAAGUCUUGGCCUCUUGUUGUUUUUUAAGUAUUUUAUUUAAUUAUUUUAAUAGUAUGGAAAAAAUAUAAUUUAAUGUGCUGGAGUUUAUUUGUAGUGGCUGAAAAUGUUUAUUUAAGUGAGUCAGUUUGGUGGCACUAAGUAGGGGAGUUUUCCCUUCCUUAGAACCACCUCAGGUAUCUUCUCCAGAGGUAGCACUGGAUCCAAUCCCAGCUCUCUUACUGCACCUAUGUUGCAGCCACCCCCAACCUAGUGCCCCCAGAUGUUUUGGACUACUGUCUGCUCCAGAUGGGCAGGGAUUAUCGGAAUCGUCCUCUCAGAACGUCUAGAGGGGCACUGUGUUGAUUGAAGGCUGCUGUACUGAGUGUAUCUCAAGUCUCUGGUUCAGAAAGGUUGUCUUUGUGUGAUACUUCGUUCCACCUAAAUUUUGUUAGCUUGUGGCUAUUGUGUCCUCAUGAAUUCUUUCCCCAAAAGCAUGACUGUAUCUUGAGCCUUUAAAUCACAAGUAUGUUUGGGUUGUCCAAGCCCCCUAAAGCACAACAUGGUAUUUUUCAGUCUCAGAAUUCAGCUGUGCACACAUUGCAUGGAGUUCUUGGAUUCUUAGUUUGGAUCUUUUUCACAACGCAACCACUGAUGCUACAAUUUGAAGUGACAGCUCAUUAUGUGAGGAGGGGGACGGUGUCCUCUUAACCCUUUCCCUUUGUAUCAUGUUUCUGUGAAAACCACGCCUUCCAGCCUGAUUCUACAACUCCCCCCAUCCCACCCCAGUUCUACCCUUCGCCAUACAAAAUAUUUUUGCACACAAUAGGAGAUACUUUAGCACAAAAGGGGGGGGGGAAUGUGCAGGUCCGCAAGCUCCGCUUAUAUUAAGCAACAAUCCACAUAUUAAAAGAAAAGGCCUCAUCUUUCUGCUUCUGCUGUUAGGUCCAAAGUGGGGACUCAUGGCUCUCCCCUUCAGCAUCAUACCUGAAGGCCAUCUAUGGUUCAAAUAUAUUUCUAUGAAAGAGGUCUUGUGAGUUCAGCUUCUGCUCUUCAUGUUCAGGUAGGAAAAGGAGCCCAGCUAGCUUGCAAUGUUAGAGCUUCAAACACAGGAACCUACUCUUAAGACGUAGAUAGAUUUGCUGGAGUUUCUUUCUGCUUUCACACGAAAGAAGCCUUAUGACCCUAUUAGCACUUCCAUAGCUCUUUUGAGAAACAGUGUGGGAUAGCUGCUAGAACCUACUGAUGGCAUGGCCAGGCCUGUUUAUGGUUUACUUUAGAAGCAAGGGGCCUGGAUCCAGGGAAAGUUUGUGCAAUGAGCUUUGACUAAAAUAUUGUAGCUUCCUUUUACUGCAAUGCCUUCAGAGAACAAAUGUGGGUAAUUGUCUUGGGGUUCAGUCUUCAAAGGAGAUUGUAGGCCACUGCUAUAGGAGUGAAUGGGAAUGAAGCCAAAGCUCUCAAAUGAAAGAGCAACCUCAUUCACUUCAAUGGAGGUGGCACAGGAACAGUUAUUGGCAGUCUAUAUCCUUGCUUUUCUAUGCCUACAUACAUACAGGUUUGUUUUAAGUAUACACAUAUACAGUACAUAUAUGCAGUUACCGGUAUUUUAUGCAUAGCAUCAAUAUUAAAAAUGUACAUGUACAGA